AUGUGGAAACUCGUGCGAGUGUGCGCGGCCUUGAUGGGGGUUGUGUCGGCCAAUACAGCCUGGACGGUGUGCAACCGCAAGCUGUUGAUGGAUGGCACACUGUACUUCAUCCGGGGAGUCAACUACCAACCGGCGCCCAUCGACACGUGGAGCGGCGUCGACUUACUGCUGCGUCCAGACCUGUGGCAACGCGAUCUACCGCUUUUGCGCAACAUGAAUGUAAACACCGUCAAGGUGUACGCGUUCACGUCGGGGUUUCCGGACGCCCACAGGGCGUACUUGGACGCAGCGUUCAACAACGGGUACCUCCCGAUAUACACGAUGUUUUCAAUAUGGGUGUCGCCAUAUCCCAUGUCGUCCGCCGUCGCGAUUGACAGCGCCGACUUUCAGACCUUUGUGCCGAAAUACGAAGCGAUGGCGAAAGAAGUUGCAUGCCAUCCAGGAACGAUGGGGUUUGUCAUUGGCGGCGAAAUGAAUGGCAUUUGGGAAGUGAGUACGCAGCAGUUCUGGACGAAAUUCAACGCCCUCAGCCAGGCCGUGCGCCGAGGAAUCGCUGGUGCCAACUGUCCGCAACCAGCCCCCAAGAUCCUCACGACCAACUUUGUUGACGACUACACCGAGUCGAUCAUGCAAGGCGAAAAAUUUCGCGCAGACGUCGACGUGUGGGGAAUCAACGUGUACGACAAGCGAUUUAGCACCGACAAGAUGCUCGCGCAUAGCCGGGCGACGUCGAAGCCGAUUCUUUUCGGAGAAUAUGGCGUCCCGUUCGCGUCUAACUGGAAGGAAUCCACGGGGGCAUCGACUUGGGAUGUUGGGCUGUACCUCGUGUCCAUGGCGAAUCUGCUACGGGAUAGCUUCUUGGGGAAGAACCCGAGUGGCACGUCGUUGAUGGUCGGGGGAUUCGUCUUCGAAUUCUCGGACGAAUGGUGGAAGCACGGGUUUCCGUCCUCCCAAGAGUUUGGAUGGGAUGCGGACUCGAUCUUUCCUCUCGGGUAUUGGUCGGAGGAGUACUUUGGCCUCUUCUCGGUCACCCGCGGCGCUGGUACGUACCGCAUGCAGUUGUCUUAA